AUUCGACCGUUAGGUGCGCUAAAAUCGACUUCUUUAAUGUAUUUUAAAGAAGACGUAGAUCAGCGUACCUGUGAGUUGCAAAUGGUGGACGGUCUGUCAUCGUUGUUGCUGUAACAUCAGGUAAAAUGUAUAAGGCCAGGACGGUAUUUAACACCUUGGUGCCUCUGGCACCACGCGUGUGUGGACCAGAAAGGUUUGCUUCGUGGUUAGUACGUACUCAUUCUUUGAACAGAACAACUCCAGGAAUAAUCAUAGCACCAACUAGGAAAUAUAAUAGUCGUGUUGCUACUGAACCUUUCCUAAAUGGUAGUACCAGCUCAUAUGUGGAAGAAAUGUAUAAUGCAUGGUUACAGGAUCCUCAUAGUGUACACGUGUCAUGGGAUUCCUUUUUCCGCAGUAGCACUGCUGGAGCUGGUCCAGGUCUUGCAUACCAAGCUCCACCAUCUCUUGCUCCAAGUCAUAAUCAGGUACCACUUGGAGCAUUAUUGCCUCUUGGUGGUGGAUCUCAAAUUAGUCAGAUGCCCAUUAAUGAAAAAAUUAUAGAUGACCAUUUAGCUGUGCAAGCCAUUAUUCGUUCAUACCAGAUUCGUGGCCAUCAUAUCGCGAAAUUGGACCCGCUUGGAAUCAACAGCGCUGAUCUUGAUGAUAGGCAUCCUCAAGAGUUGCUCUAUAAUCAUUACUCAUUCGGGAGGGGACAACGCACUACUUACGCUCAGGAACUACAAUACCGAGUAGCUGCUCUUAUGAAAAAGGAAUCAGAUAUGGAUCGCGUUUUCAAAUUGCCAUCCACCACUUUUAUCGGUGGUAAAGAUAAAUCAUUACCACUGCGUGAAAUUCUUAAACGAUUAGAAUCAACUUAUUGUGGACAUAUUGGCGUCGAAUUUAUGUUCAUUAAUUCUUUGGAACAAUGUAAUUGGAUUCGACAAAAGAUGGAAACGCCUGGUAUAAUGGAAGUUACGAAUGAUGAAAAGCGACUUAUUUUGGCUAGAUUAACUCGAGCUACAAGAUUUGAAGCUUUCCUCGCACGUAAAUGGUCAUCUGAAAAAAGAUUUGGAUUAGAGGGUUGUGAAAUCUUAAUACCUGCUAUGAAACAAGUAAUUGACAAAUCCACAGAACUUGGUGUAGAAUCUAUCGUCAUGGGUAUGCCUCAUCGUGGUCGUCUCAACGUUUUGGCUAAUGUUUGUCGUAAACCAUUAAAUCAGAUAUUUACACAAUUUGCUGCACUUGAAGCUGCUGAUGAUGGUUCUGGAGAUGUCAAAUAUCAUUUGGGAACAUAUAUCGAACGUCUUAAUCGCGUUACAAAUAAAAAUAUUCGUUUAGCUGUUGUGGCAAAUCCAUCUCACUUGGAAGCAGUUGAUCCGAUUGUGCAAGGAAAAACUCGUGCUGAACAAUUUUACAGAGGAGAUGGUGAAGGCAAAAAGGUAAUGUCUAUUCUUCUACAUGGUGACGCGGCAUUCUGUGGACAAGGAAUCGUAUUUGAAACCAUGCAUCUGUCAGACUUACCAGAUUAUACAACUCAUGGUACUAUCCAUAUUGUUGUCAAUAAUCAAAUCGGUUUUACGACAGAUCCUAGACAUUCUAGAUCUUCUCCUUAUUGUACUGAUGUUGCCAGAGUGGUAAAUGCACCAAUUUUCCACGUAAAUUCCGAUGAUCCAGAAGCGGUAAUGCAUGUAUGUAAAGUGGCUGCUGAAUGGAGAGCAACUUUCCAUAAAGAUGUUGUUAUCGAUAUAGUUUCAUAUAGACGUAAUGGACACAAUGAAAUUGAUGAGCCAAUGUUUACGCAACCAUUGAUGUAUCGUAAAAUCAGAAAUACAGUACCGGCUCUUGACAAAUAUGCUAAAUCGCUUAUUGAUGAUGGUGUUGUUACAACGGAAGAAGUAAAGGAUGUGCAAGAUAAAUAUGAGAAAAUAUGUGAAGAAGCAUAUGUGAAUGCUAAACAAGAAACGCAUAUUAAAUACAAGGAUUGGCUAGAUUCUCCAUGGUCUGGUUUCUUUGAAGGUAAAGAUCCAUUGAAGGUAUCGCCUACUGGUAUCAAGGAAGAUACACUUGUGCACAUUGGAAAGAAAUUCUCAUCGCCACCACCUAAUGCAGCGGAAUUUGUGAUUCAUAAAGGUAUUGAACGUAUCUUGAAAUCUCGUAUGGAAAUGGUCGAAGCUAGGACAGUUGAUUGGGCUCUUGGAGAAGCAAUGGCAUUUGGUUCUCUUCUUAAAGAAGGAAUUCAUGUAAGAUUAUCCGGUCAAGACGUGGAAAGAGGUACAUUCUCACACAGGCAUCACGUUUUACAUCAUCAGACCGUUGACAAAGCUACGUAUAGGCCACUUUGUAGCUUAUAUCCCGAUCAAGCUCCAUACACGGUGUGCAACAGUUCUCUUUCUGAAUUUGGUGUUCUUGGAUUUGAAUUGGGUUAUUCCAUGACAAAUCCUAAUGCAUUGGUAUGCUGGGAGGCACAGUUCGGUGACUUUAACAACACCGCCCAGUGCAUAAUAGAUCAAUUUAUUAGUAGUGGACAAGCAAAAUGGGUACGUCAGUCUGGACUAGUUAUGCUCCAGCCUCAUGGUCUAGAAGGAAUGGGACCUGAACACUCUAGCGCUCGUUUAGAACGCUUUCUUCAAAUGUCCUCUGACGAUCCAGAUUACUUUCCACCGGAAAGCGAAGAAUUUGCCGUGCGACAAUUGCACGACAUUAACUGGAUCGUUGCCAAUUGCAGUACACCAGCUAAUUAUUUCCACAUUCUAAGGAGACAAAUUGCAUUACCCUUCCGAAAGCCAUUGAUAAUGAUGACACCAAAAUCUCUACUUCGUCAUCCAGAAGCAAAGUCUAGUUUCGAUUUGAUGCUAGAAGAUACGGAAUUCCUUAGAGUGAUACCUGAAGAAGGGCCAGCUACAAAUAAUGCUAGCAAUGUUAAAAGAUUAGUUUUCUGCUCUGGAAAAGUUUAUUACGAUUUGAAGAAAGCUCGUGCAGAAAAAACAUUGGAUGAUCAAGUUGCUAUUGCAAGAGUUGAACAAAUUUCGCCCUUCCCAUAUGACCUUGUAAAGAAGGAAGCUGCUAAAUAUCCAAAUGCAGAAUUAAUCUGGUCUCAAGAAGAACAUAAGAAUCAAGGCGCCUGGACUUACGUGCAACCGAGAUUCCACACCGCACUUAAUGGAACACGCAAUGUUACUUUUGGAGAUGCGACAAAAUCCAAAGCAAGUGAAAGUAAGGGAGGAUGGUUAAGUGGUUGGUUUUCUUCAUCCAAACCAGUAAAACCUACUCCUAUGCCAGAGUCUUCAGAUACUAAUAAACCUAAGCAGAGAAUAGUGAGAUAUGCAGGCCGCCCCACUGCAGCUUCUCCUGCAACAGGUAGCAAAAUGCAACAUCUAAAAGAACUUAAACAAAUUCUGGACGAUUCACUGAACGUUUAAUAAUCCUUCGUAGCGCUAUGUAGAAACAAAUUUUAUUUAUUAUAUUAUACUAUAUUUGUUAUUUUUUUGUUCUGUUCUAUCUAUGUCAAUGGAGAUAAUAUCAUCACCACGCAACUAUGUAAAUGAUUUCUUUGUUAGUGACCAACAUGUAAAAUCAUUGUACACAUGAAUAUUUUAUCACACUAAUGCAAAAUGUAUAUUUAUUAUACGUAUUAUUUAUUUGGCUUCUUUUUUAUUGCAUGGACCUUAUGGGUAAAAGAGGCUACAUUAUAUUAGUUUUAAUUUUUUGUUAAUAAUUAAUUAUUAUUUUAUAUAGUUACCCAUAUAUUCCUGCAAUGAAUAAUUCAUGCGCAUAGUAUUUUAUUUUCAUUUAUUAUUUGGAUAUAAAUAAUUAAAUAUUACUUUGUCUUUUUGAAUAAUGUAUAUUAUAAACAUUAUAUAAACAAAUUUGUAUGAUAAAACUAUGUUAGAAUCGAGAUUUCUAAAAAGUAAUUUUCAUUCAUUGGAAUCAGUUUUAUUGAAGGUCAAAUGUUGCUGAUAUGUAUUAUUCAUUGCUGGAGUCCAUGGGUUUUAACCAAAUUUGAAAUUUGUAUUAGGAUAAGAUACUCAUGUGAAAGUAUUACCAUAUAUUAUUUGUUAAUAUGACCAUGAGAAAGACCUAUCCUGUGAACAAGAUUAAACAAAAAGUAUUAUUUUUAAUUUAAUGAAAUACUACGCAGAGCGUACGUCUAUUAAUAGUUACAUUUUCGAAAUAUAAACCGAAUCUCUUCAUGACUUAUAAAAAGUAAUAAUUAUUUAUCUUUUCUUAUGUGAUCUAUAUGCCAAAGGAAAGAACAAUAAAUUUCGUUCAUUAUCGUAAUGUAAAAAUAAAAAUAAAAUUAUAUAUUUAAUUAGAUUUAAAUUAAUUAAAUGUUAAUGAGAUUUAAUUGGAUUAAAUAAUAAUACGUACAAUAAAAACUAAAUUAUUUUUCUUUAAUUAUUUUUCAUGAAGAGUUUCAGCAAAUAUUUCGUUGUAAGAAGGUCGUGAAAGUAGAGGAUAAACUAGUACAACUAGUUUAAAAUAUAAUUUGAAUAUUAGUUUUUUUCAAACCAAUCAUAUAGAUUGGAAACUACAUAAUUUACGAAAGGAUAAUAUUUAUAUUAUUCUAUUUGUGAAAAAUUGGACAUAUGAAUGAAUUAUUUGUUGGGGUGUGUUGUUAUUUCUGAUAUCAAAUAUAAUUGCACACACUAUGUUUUUGAAUAAUGAUAUUAUUCAAAGAAUUGGAUUGUUAUUAAAGUGAAAAUGGCAAUAUCUGACAAUUUCUAUUUCGUCAAAUAAUUCGAAUCACCAAUAGUGAAAUGAUAUUUGGAAAUUACUACUAGAAUAUUUUAUAGAUACAAACUGAUCAAAUGUGGACAUUGCAAUACUGUUCCAGCAACCCUGUAAUAAUAUGCAUAAUAACAAUUUAAACGCAUACAUAUGACUGAUCAAAAAAAUUAAAUUUUAUUCACUAAAUGAAUGUAAAUUGUAGUAAUCAAAAAUAAAACUAUAUUAUAACAUU